AUGCUGAGUGUGACAAUUUGGGAUUGUACUGGCGAUGAUCCGCCAUUGCUAUACAGAUUACAAGUGUAUAAUACUUGUACAAUUGCAGAGCUCAAAGUGUUAAUUGAACACAAACGCAAUGAACUAGGUCGUUUAUCACAGAAAAGUUUCCUUAUCUAUCACGGAAACCAACUAAUCACAAAAUUUGACAUGGAAUUGCUAUCAUUCAUUAGUGAUCCUAGUAAAAUUAGUAACUGUGGAAUAACAUUUACAAUUUAUGAUGAAAAUAUUAUAACCUGCAACAUACGCGUAAUGCGGGGUGUGAGUUGUGGCAAUAUCAGGUAUGUUCCUAUACUCAUGAAUUUGUUUAAAGCUCCAUUGCAGAUUGAGAUAUUUGACCAAGAAAAUGUGGGACAGCUAAAACAAGAAAUAUUAAAACAAUUCGCAUCAGAAAAAUUAAAAACUAAUUGUAAUCUUGGUAAUACAUCAAUGAUAUUGCUACACAAGGGCAAUUGCUUAGAUGAUGAUUCCGCUCUUAAAAGUAUUUACAGCACGAGCAUCUGCCACGUUGAUUGCACAUUCCUUCAAGUUAUACGUAAGGGUAUAUGCUUCAAAUGGUUUUUACGAAAGCGAACAUCUCAAUGA